GGGCAUUACUCUUGGUGUCCUUUUCAGGAACAGCUCAGUCUAGUAAUAAUUUUAGUGAGAGAUACACUUGAAUUUUGCGUCAAAAGAGGGUGAAUAGACAAUAAAAAUUUAAAAAAAGUUAAAUAGAGCCGCGUAAAAUGAAACCAAAAGUGCAUAUAGUAAGGGUUUAAGAUUUGGCCAAGACAAUAGGCAUGUGAAACAGCGACGUCACUUGUUGUGCUGUUUCCGUCUCACACUUGGUUUUGCAUCAAACCUAUCAGUGCGAAAAAUUUGAGACGUAAAUGAUUAGGAAAGUUUUGAGAACCUGGAUUGUUAUAGUUUAAGAAAAGCCCUCUCAAUUUCAACAUCGAUGUUGGUUAUUCGUCUGUGGCUCGUACCUACUUUUUGUGGCUGACUGAAUAAAUCCGUCUUUGCGCUGUGAAAACAAAACAACAAAACAGUAGAACGUUGGCGAAGACUCGAAACGAGCAAUUAACUUCAGACUAUGAGUUCGCUGCGAGAAAGACUGCUCCCUCAUCGUCCAAACAACGAACCUCAAUAUUCCAGCUUAAUGCAUCACCAAGGUGACUCAUUCUUGGGCAAUGAUGAUGAGUUUUCUGUUCAGCAACAAACGAAUUAUCUGCGAAACUUAGCUGAAAAUAUCCACACCGAAGGUGCUGGACAGAACAUGCCAUUGAGUAUGUCUCCGGAUCAAGUGAGUAGUAUCCUCGGUGCAAUAACACAGCGGCAAGAGUUUCCUUGCCAUUCACCCACCCUUGAUUAUACUUCCGGAUUCUUUGAAAGCUCUGGUAGUACGGAUGUACGGUCGUCAUCUUCGGCGCCUAGUAUCGGAAAUACUUCGGGUAGUUCCGCCAUGACAUCAAGCGGCCCGGGCAUCUUCGGGACGACCAGCCAACAAGACAGCCCCCCGUUUCUUUAUAGUCAUAGCACUGGGCAGAUAAUAUCCUCGCCGCAUUUUCUGACUGGUGAAGGUGGUGAAGUUUCUUCUUGUGGCUUUGCACAAAGGGAUCGAAGUAGAAGCUACCCUCGGCAAGAUGUGUCGAGUGACUUGUUUGAGAUCACGCCGUUUAAUUCUGGCUCCCCGAUCGAUAUCGAUCAAUAUUUGCGUCCAGAUGUGGAAGUAAAGUUCUGUGAUCUGGAAGGUCGUGUAUUUGAGAAGCAACAGAGCCGUAAGGAUAAGAAAGCGCGCCAGAGAAUCAUCAAUGGAAAAGUGAAGUUUUUAGUUCGAUCUGAGCGUCCGAUUGAAAAGGUGAAGGCCUGGGUGAGAAGGGAAGAAAAUGCUGCCAAGUUAGAAAAAGAUGCUAAUGGUAUGGUUGAGAUCGCAACUGACUCAUUGGAGAAAGUUAAGGAAAGUGGUCUCUUAUAUCUGGAAUGUCAAGUAGAUCUGGACUCGGUGUACAAGAUGGAUGGUUCUGAACGACCAGUCUACAAAUUAGCCAAAGUUCACACAACCGAGAGAAACCUGUUUGAACUUGUGGUCCAAGUUGUCUUUAGUGACAGUGAAGUCAGUGAGCAAAUCAAGUCCAAUCCUUUCUUGAUAAAGACGAAGAGAUUGAAUGAUGAACCGCUUGAACCGGAUACCCAUUCCAAACGCACGAGGCCAAACACUUGUCCAACCAGCUCAUCAAGAUGGAACCGUGGAAAACAAUCUUUGCAAAAUGAGGCAGAUUCAACAGACCCAAGGUCUCCAUCAUCACAGAGCUCUACAGCCUCCAGAAACUCUCCCUCAAGUUCGGCAGGCGAACUCAAGCAUGUGGAUGACCUCGUGGUGAAUCAUUUGAAAGCCCAACAAGCAAACAUUGACAACCUGACAGUUACCUUUCUGUUGCAAACACGGAGAGGUGACAUCGCUUACCACUUGCGACUAACGAACCCGAGCUUGUACCAGACCCUGGACGAAGGGAUAGUGGUGGGUUUUUUCCCCAAUGAUGACGGAAUGGCUCAGAUUGAACCGCUGAGCAGUGAGAAUGCGACGCGUGCGGUAAUGGCUGGGGUGAUCAGCCGGUCAGCGUAUGUAGAAGCGCAUGCUCCGUCGGAAAAAGAGAUAGGGGAAACAGAUAUUGUAUGUGUCAUUGGAAUGGUCAAAGUACUCAUUAUUGGGUCUGUGAAAACCGGUGAACGCAUAUACGCUUCCACCGACAGCCCAGGAACAGGGAUCGCAGAGUCCCAUUUACCGCUGGGGGCUCUCAUCUUUAGGGACCACACCCUUCUGGGCAUGGCUAUGGAGCCAUGCACGCCUCGUUACCACGAUGAAGUAAACCUGGUCAAGUGCUUUGUGUGUAUCGUGCUGGGAAUCAACAGUCAUCAGCUGUCUAAUGAGGUAGAAAACAUCAUGGAAAAUGUUGACAUGGACAUCAAGGCAGCCAUUGGAAAGUCAAAUAAGAGAAACUGCCGACGAUUGUUCUUUCUUAUCGCUGGCUUUAUCACUUUCCUUGGACUCCUGGGAUUCUUACUGUACGAAGUACUCACCCCAGGAACUCGCUUCCGCUACUUCCUGUGCCAGGCUGGGUCCAAUCGUGAGCAACCAAACCUGAAGUGUAAUUAUCAAGAUGCCUAUGUGAAUAUUUCCGAUGUUUACAUACCUUUCGACCUCGAUAACCUUAUCAAGAAAAUACCAUAUGGCGAGAGAAAGCCUGAGAUAAUUAGUCCAAAAAAUGCAACAUCACCGAUUUAUUUUCUGAACUUCGACCGCUGUGCGUAUGGCGGGCGUACAGACAGUAGCAUGUAUACACCGGAACCUGCCAAACCAGUUUGCGGACCUCCGUAUCUGGCAUCGUCUGGCAACUGCUCAAAAGUGUUUACAUUCAGUUGGGGAGAAUGGAAAGUUAUGGAGAAAACCAAGCAAAAAGAUGUUAAUUACAUGAUCAACUGCGUAUGCAAUGGAAGUGGAAUGGUGCUCUGCCAAUGGAUUGUUUUUCUGUUGUUAUCCUUUAGCGUUUACUACCUAUUCGUAAAUUUUUGAAGCGCUGAGAUAUUUUAUGAGUUGUGUAAAUGCAUUACGAGCCAAACUUUUCUCUUCCCCUCUCCUUUUGAAAACUCUUUUUUGUGGUCAAGCGACUCACGGGAUUUUAUCAAUUAGCCAAUCGUGUUCAGACCCUGAAAGUUGAGAUAGCCUGGGCACGGUCUUAAAUUUGAGGUUAACAUGGUCGUUAGCUCGUUUAGAGUAAUUUUAAUUGAAUUUCGAGAGUAAUCCGGCGUUACUUUUGUUUUGCGUUACUUCGCUAUGCGAUUGGUCCAGAAAACCUGCGCCGCUCAAAACCAAUCAGACACUAAACGAAAAUCACUUGUAACUUGGUCGCCCGUGUUUUCCCGCGCUUUUAGCUUUUUGCCUGAUUUUACUUUGACUUCUCUUUUACUUUGUUAUCUUUGUUAUAAUUAAUCGUUGCGAUUGCUUUGGUUUUGGUUUUUUGACAGUCAAUUGGAAACUGUUUUAUUAGGUAAGUUGUAUUUAGUUUUAAAGCCUUUUGUUUUCAUUAAUUUCUCGUUUGCUUUUCUAAGCUUCAUUUGCAAGCAGAUGCUGUAUUUGACUUUAAACUUUUAUUAGAUCUUUAUAAAGGGAGAUUGGACUGUAGUCUCUUUAUUGGAAAAUAGUUUUUACCAUGAUGAGUUCAGGAGACCUCUCGUCUUUUUUCAGUAUCGGUGGUAUGAUGGAAACUGAAACAUUUUACCGAAAAAAUCCAGUGUUUAGAACAAAGUAACUACGUCCAGUGACAAAAGUAAAUAGGUUUAAUUAAUAGAUUUGGCAGUGAACAUUCCACGAAGUUAAUAGAUUUGGCAGUGAACAUUCCACGAAGUGGCUCUGGCUCGUCCAGGUCAAUUGGAAUUUAGAAUGUUGGUUUUUUUGUUACUACUUUUUUUCGUAUGAAGGUUCAAAAUAAUAUAAAAAUACAAAAUGCUGCCAUAAAAAUUUGAAUUGUCGACUGUAGCCGAUCGACAUAACAAUGGUAGAUAGAUGCGGUGACCGAUAUGAUUGCAUAAUAAUAAUGAAUUUGGGCGCGGUUCUAUGAUCGCUUUGUUUAAGAAAUGAUUAUUUCUGUGUGUUUCAAACAAUUGCUUUUGUUCGUUUUGGUUUUAUUAUCGCGUAAGUUGCUUUAAUUUCCAGCAUUACAAAGUUUCCAUUGUUAUUAAUCAAAAUGAAAGCAACUUGUAAUUCUUGGUUAGCUCAGAAAAUGUCAGCAUUGCCAUCAAGAAGUAUGGAGUUAGUUCAGUUAUAUCAGCUGCUUAUUCGUAACUUCUGUAGGUGAACUGUUCUUUUUGUUGGUACGAAGCAUUAUACCAUAAACAGUGAUCAUUGUAACUGAAAUUAAAAACAAGAAUUUAAAAAGUA